GUGCGGCGUCGACCUCGCGGCUUGGCGGACGCAAGACUCGCCACUGGAGCACACCUCACAGGACGAAUAUUUGAAGUUCUGACAAAAUGGCUGCCAACGUAACUGGUUUGACGGGAUUUGUUGAGGGUUACCGAAACUUCAUGGAAACUAAAAGCGACCCGAGAACAAAAGACUGGUUCCUGGUGACGAGCCCCGCGCCUCUCAUCACGCUGUUGGUCUCCUAUCUGUACUUCGUGACUUCUGUUGGCCCGCGAUUCAUGAGGGACAGGAAGCCCUACGAUCUGAAAGCCGUGCUGAUGGUCUACAACUUUGCUCAAGUUAUAAUCAGCACGUGGCUGGUGUGGGAGGGUCUGCAAGCUGGCUGGCUGCACCAUUACAGCUUCAAGUGUCAGCCUGUAGACUACUCAGACAACCCACUGGCACUCAGGAUGGCGCGCGCCGUGUGGUGGUACUUCAUGUGUAAGCUGGUGGAGCUCCUGGACACGGUGUUCUUCGUGCUGCGCAAGAAGAACAACCAGGUGUCGUACCUGCACCUGUGGCAUCAUACGCUGAUGCCUGUUUGCGCGUGGAUCGGCUGCCGCUUCCUCCCAGGUGGUCACGGGACGCUUUUGGGUCUCAUAAACAGCUUCGUGCACAUCAUCAUGUACUCGUACUACUUGCUGGCUUCGCUGGGUCCCCAGUAUCAGAAAUACCUCUGGUGGAAGAAGUACCUCACAACACUGCAGAUGGUGCAGUUCGUUAUCGUAUUCCUGCACAACAUACAGCUGCUCAUCUACGACUGCAAUUACCCCAAAGCCAUCGUCGUGCUGCUGGGAGUCAAUGCUUUGUACUUCCUCUACCUCUUUGGUUCUUUCUACCGACGCACGUACAAGAAACAGCAGAAGCAGCAAUAACAGAGACAAGAGACAUCUUUCAUGGUUAUGUGCAAUGAACAGUUUAAAUGCAAGUGACGGUGGUUUCUUCGUGGAAGGGAUAUUUCUCAGAGAAACUGAAAUUUGUGCUUUGUUCUAUAACUUUCAUAAAAGUUAUUUGCCUGAAGUGAUUACAGGACAACUUAAAACUUCAGUUACACAAUAACUCUCAUAGUAUCAUAACUUUUGCAGCGUUAUACAAGAACAACGUGCGCUGGACUAUGAACUACUACUUCGAGAAAAGGUGAAUCGAAUGUACAAAGCUUCUGAAACUUCAUGUAUCAGUUCUGCGAACAGCACGUAUAUAAAGAACUAUUUGAAUCCAUACUUAGGCUUAAGAGACGUUCUUUUCACGAGCUGGCUGGAAUAUGACAAAAGUCAUUUUUGAUCGUGUACAUUCCAACAAUAGUGAACGAUGUUCUCAGUUCUUCGUUAAAUGAAGUAGUCCUGAAAUCUGUUGAAAAGGUUCACUGUAAACUUUCAGCAGAUUAAAAAAAAAUCUGAUAUGAUUUAAUAUUUGCAGCUUUUAUACAUAUAUUUCAGGAUGUUCAUUGGUAUCAUGUAAAUAAUAAAAUCACCAUGAAUUCACCAUGAAUUUUAUGUUGGUAACGUACAUGUAGUUCUGGUAAUGUAGAGUAGAACAAAGAAAAAAACUGACUGUGAGUGAAACAACGUACAUUGCUACUUCUGAUUAUACUGUACUACUUCUUCUCACUUUUGGUUUCUGGAUUAUUUCGUUUUACGCUGUACUUCGCUAAUUUCAUACCCCGUGUGCCUUCUGAAUUAUUAGUGCAUGAUUCAUUGCUCCUGAUCACACCGAAGAUAAAUAACGUUAUGAAAGGGAAAAACAGGCAAUUCUAGUGACAGAGUUGCAGACCUAGUCUGGUGUGUUCGUGGAGUUCUGUUCGGUUCACAAACUAGUGCUGUCUCUCUGAUCUUUUAAUGAACGUCCAUUUUUCAAUAUUUGCUUAAAUUACCUGGUGGGCUAUCAUCGGACUUAGUAAUAUUUCUGAUAAAGAAAAUUUCGACAAUUUCUUAUUCUUGGUUGUUACACCACAUUUAUACGGUCAUCUUGAACUAGAUCAACAUUCGUCAAAAGGGACCCCAAGAGCAAACAGACUUUACCUAUUUUUGCAGAAAACCAGGUGUAGUGCAAGCAGCAACUUUUCAAUUAAUGAAAUUUAUUAUUUCGUGUGCAAGUAGUGUCAUUUGAAAAAUAUCUUUAAGAACAAAUGGACUGAAUAACUGAAAUUACAAGCUUUGUUUUACAGUGUUUUUCUUUAGAGCAUACUAUUAGCAGUAUGAGAUUAUUAUUCGGCAAAUUACUUGCUACGUAGUACCUUAUUUGCCAACUGCAUAAUUUACAUUUACAACCACUUAUAUCUACCCAGCCAGUCUCUAUGUAUAAGUACGUAAUUUGGAACCGCUGAAAAAACAUACAACAAAAUUCAUGCUGACUAUAAUUUAUAUUAAUUUAUUUUGUACAUUUAUAAACUAGUUUUGUACAAAUUUUCCAUGCAAGAAGUAAAUCUGCUUCUGGUAAAGAUACAGAUUUUGAUUAUAGAGGU